GCUCACUGGUCUGAUUUUGUCCAUAAACCAAAAGCGAUUUCUCCUGCGCUCCGGGACCCAGGCCGGUGGCGAGUAGAUGGAAUUAAAACCUCCAGAGAAGCAACCACCGGAGUAUCCAAAGUCGUGCAGCUCCAAACCAAGGCUGGGGAAGCCCGAACAAACUGUGAAGUGAAACAACAAGAAGCGCACCAACCUUGUGCAUUACCUCAGUAACCAAAAUUUAUUUAAUGAAGGAAUGGUACUCACAAACAGCGAAUAAAAACAGGCAUGUAAGUCCACCCAGGGACUUCAAAGGCAAGAGGCCAGCGCGAAUCCCAUCAUGGGUGUAGGUACUCAGUCCAGCUGACGCGUUUCGAAGUCCAGUCAGCUCUGAGGAAGAAGGCUUGACCUUCGAAAUGCGUCAGCUGGACUGAGUACCUACACCCAUGAUGGGA